CGAUGACGACCCGCACGGACGCCGCGUGAGCAGAGAGGCGCGCGCGCGCUGAGGGACGCACAAUGGUGCCGUUUAUCCCGUCGAGGAAAAUCAGGCGGAACGGAAAGUACCUGCUGCUCGGGGCGCUGCUGGCGGUCGUGGGGGUCGCGGUGUACCUGGAGUACGUGGCCAGGAGGAGGUGGAGCGACGCAGAUGCUGGUCAGCAGACGGGGGAAAGAAUCUACGCAAAUUCUGAGAACAAGAAAAAGGACAUUGGCUGGUCGAUCAAAUAUGUCCCUCAACCCUGGAGGCCGGAGUAUAAAGGCCGGGUGAAUCUUCACGUCUUUGAGGACUGGUGUGGAACCUCCAUCGCAAGCCUCAGAAAGAACCCCCACUAUCCCCUGUACUCUCAUUCUCGCAGCACGGUGAAGAAACUCGCAGUGGCUCCAAGCUGGAGGAAUUACGGCCUCAGGAUCUUCGGCUACAUACACCCAUCCACCAGUGGGGAGUUUCUUUUCGCAGUGGGGUCGAUCGAUAACUGCGAGUUCUGGCUGAGUCAGGAUGAGAACCCGGAGAACCUGCGACUCCGUGCUUAUGUUGGAAAGACGGGUGAGGAAUGGACUGCUCCUGGGGAAUACAACAAAUACUCCAGUCAAGUCUCCAAACCAGUCCUACUUCAGACGGGGAAAAGGUUUUACUUCGAGCUGAUCCACAAACACAACAACCGUGGCACUGAUCACGUGGAAGUCGCAUGGCGACUCAAUAAAGCAGGAACAUAUUUCCAAGUUAUUGACUCCAAAUCGCUGUCACUUUAUACCGACGAGUCCUCCCUGAAGAUGUCUGACGUCAGUCACAUCCCUCAGACGGCUGCUAGUCAUGUAGCCCCGCCUCUGGAAGAAGCUCAAGCUCCACGUCACUGGGCGGAGAUGCUGAGAGAAGACCCUCGGGACACGAUUUUUAAAAUGCCUUUAUUGGACAAGUCCCGAGUACAGAGUGUGUUACCAGAAUGUCUCUCUAAACCUACUUUCAUCUAUAGAAUCAGGGCGAUCGGCCGAUAUCAGGGUCUGCACUUUGUCCACUUGUCUUACGUUUAUCCCAAUGACUUCACACGCCUCACACACAUGGAGAACAUCAACACAUGUUUCUACAAGAUGAAACCCAUCUAUUUUGAAGCGUACGGCUUCUCACGGUACAUGAGCCUGGACAAACCGGAUGGAAAGGACCUGAGGUUCAGAGACAACGGUGAUUACAGAGGGGUGGGGCAAGCGAUACAGAGCGAGGAGCUGGACUACCACGAUGACUACAAGCAGCACCAGCAGAGGAAACUCUUCUCUAACUCUCUGAAUGAAAGGAACCUAAGUAGAAGUAGGCCAGAAGAAGAUAUGAACAGAGAAGAAAGCUUGCAGGAGGAGGCCCAGGCACGGGAUCAGGAGAAUCGCACAAAGUCGAAAAAUAAAGCUCUAAUCCAGAAGCCGAGUUUAGGAGAAAAACUGGACCCUAAUAACAACCUGAAAAAUGACCCGGGGAACAUCUCUCUCUCCAAGUCAAACCAUAAGAACUUUCAGCCUCAAAAAGAUGAUGUCAUCAAUAAAAAAUAUCUUCGUGACGCUGUUAACGACUCCAUCAAGGAUCCACCAAAGAGGAAAGGCAGAGAAUAUGUGAAAGUGCUCGGAGCGAAAGCACAUAAACAGCCGAGUAACAGCAGCUCAGACCUGUGGAUGGUGUACGAAGACUCUGAGAUGGAGAGCAUGAUCAGGGACAUGGCUGCGUACGACCCUGAGGUCAGAUGGAAUCAGACGUUUCAGGACAGUCAGAUGGACUUUCAGGCCAUGAGGUCUGAUUGGAUAGACCUGAACUGUAAUGUGAGUGGAAAUCUGCUGAUCAGCCAAUCAGAAGCAAGUGCCGUGGUGCAGGCUUUUAUGGAGAAACUCGAGCUGAAGUAUCCCGGUCAGUACUCUCUGCAGCGUGUUGUCGAUGUGGUGAAGCGCUCCGAGAUGGGCCGGUGGAGUCGGUAUCUCCUGGAGCUCGAGCUGAUGGAGGCGUCAGGAGCUCGAGUGCGACUCGUUCAAUACGUCCACGCGUACCUGCAGAGCGCCCUGGGGCAGAGCUGGAGCACACCGCCGCAGCUGUGUUACUCAAAGAACUUUAUGUGGAACCCCGACGCUACCAUACACAUCAUAGUACCAGUAAAGAACCAGGCUCGCUGGGUGAAGAAGCUCAUCGUGGACAUGGAGGAGCUUUACCAUGUCACAGGAGACAACAACUAUAACCUCAUCAUCACAGAUUACUCCAGCACUGAUAUGGAUGUAGAACAGGCUCUGAAGGAGUCUCGCCUUCCCAAGUAUCAGUACCUAAGACUUAAUGGAAACUUUGAAAGGUCAGCUGGUCUUCAGGCUGGAAUAAACCUCAUCACAGAUAAUCACAGCAUCGUGUUUCUGUGUGACCUGCAUCUCCACUUCCCGAUGAACUUCUUUGACUUGGUGAGGAAACACUGUGUUGAAGGUCAGACGGCUUUUGCUCCCAUAGUGAUGAGGCUUAACUGUGGAGCGACGCCAGAGGAACCCAACGGUUACUGGGAGGUGAACGGUUUUGGUUUGCUGGGUAUUUAUAAAUCUGACCUGAACACUGUAGGAGGCAUGAACACCAAAGAAUUCAAGAACCGCUGGGGAGGAGAGGACUGGGAACUCCUGGACAGGAUCGUGGAGGCGGGGCUGGAUGUGACACGCCUGUACUUGAGGAAUUUCUUCCACUUUCACCACUCGAGACGCGGCAUGUGGAACCGCAAAAUACUGCGCGGCACGUAGGACCGGCGACACCUGCGUCCUGGAAGACGACGCUCACUGUGACACUCUAACCGGCGUUCACCCUCAGCAUGCAUCCGUCUGCCAGCAGGCGUCACCCCACUGUGGGUGGAGCCAGGGCAUCACGCCAAGGUUCCAUUGGUUGGUCCUCACUAGGUAAAAUAGUGAUGUCACAACUAUGGACUUUUUUUUUUCUUCUCUUAUCCGUGUCACAUGUGAGUUACGGGGACGUCUGAAGGAGAGGAUAUCGCAUGAAUCCGAAAUGACUUUCAGGUGUGUCUGUAAGUGUAGCAGAUGAGCGCUUGCUCAGGGUUUCCUUCACACUGUGAGCAGACAUUAGCACUCAGGGGAUUAGACAGUGAAUGCACGGUUUCCGCCGACUCCGUUACAGCCGUACGUGUGUUUCUGACGCUUCACCGCUCUGGGAGUGGAGUGACGUCAGUGCAGAUAAUUAGCAGGACUGUUUAAAGUGGACCAAACCAUUUUAAUGAGCUUUAUAUAAGUGUCAGAGGUUUACAAAUUAAUCUAAAAUCAAAAAUUUUUAAUGCCAAGCAGAAACAAAAUACUUCUUAUUUCCUCAACACACACAUGUUCAAGUAUUUCCCACCAGUUUUCAGGCAUUUCCCACCCGUUUUCAGCUAAUCAGUUAUACAAAAACAAAAUAAAAAAUCUUUUAGCAGCAACAAAUCUAUUGUGUGUUAAUGGAAGUGUGUUAAUUUACAAUGAAAUCCUCAAUGGUUCGUGAUGCAAAACUUGAGUAGUGAUGCAACUUGGAGCUAAAGAGCUUUAUCCUAGCGGUUAGCUGGUAACUGUGAGCGGUUAAGGUAGCCUUUUUAUUAUUCCUCAGAUGAUGGGGGUAAAAGAUGGUGAGUGUUUGGUGUGACUUGCCUUUUGAUCAAAACCUUGAAAUAAAAUGAUAACUGGGUGGAGCCAAGCAAUAAGUCGGGGGAGGUUCUAAUUUUUUUUUUUUUUUUUUAUCCAAAUUAUGAGGUCAUAUUAAGGGGGUCAAAAAUCUAUUCAAGCACCAAUAAAUAAACAAGCGAUUUGGGAUAAAAAAACAGGGACCUUUUUUAUUUUAUGGUUUUAAAACACCUUUAAAGAGUAUGUUACUGUGUAAUUAUUAGGUUAUUUUCUGUAUCCUGAAGUGUGUAGUGUAAAGAGACACAAACUUCCUGCAAUCUGGGUUUGUCACCGUGCCUUUAUUCUGACUCUCUGUAGUUCAGGGUUUGUUUAAAUGAUUUGCUGUGUGUUAAACUGUAAAGUCAUACAUUUCUGCACAAGGCGAUCUGAUGCUCAGGAAUAUUAAACCAGCUCCAAUAAAAACAAACGUGCCUUUUGGUUCUGAACAAGGUAAAGUAAUGCAAAAGAAAUUGCAUUUGGAUUAUUCUCUUCUCUUUAAUUUUUUUACCCAGAAUGCAAUGUUUUAUUCAAAUUUAUAUACACCUUUAUUUAUUGAUAGGUUUCUAAGGGAAAAGAGACGGGUGUGUGAUGCAGACUUCAUGUGUACUGUGUGUAUGGAAUAAUACUUUUGUCCUUGGGACUUGGAAUUAAAUUACAAAUUGUUUAUCUAAAGUUUCGAAAUUGCUCUGCUGUAAUGUUUUAGAAAUUAAAAUGAAAAUCUGAUUUUGCAUUGUAAACAAUGUACUGUGUAUUGCUAUAU